CCCAGGGACUCAGGUGUGGAAUGUGGGUGUUUCUAGUGGUACCUUAACGCUGUGCCGAUGCCCACCCCUGCGUUUACAAUCAGCUUCCUUAAAGCCUGGAAAAGAGCUUACUGAUUGUAUUCAGCCACAGCGGGACUGAGCUUCAGUGACCCUGAGGCAGUAUACUGUCUGAGCUGCAGUGCUUGGGCUUCCGUGAAGAGAAGGGACACGUGUACACGACCACGGCCAGGAGUGUGUGGACCAGCGGCCUCUCCGUUCCGCAGCUCUCUCGCUGCUUUGUGCUCACAUACUUCCUUUUUUUUUUCUGUUGUUUUGAAACAAAAACAAAACGCAGAUCUGCAACUGCUGGUGGGGCUUUUGAAUUCUUUCUAAAGAGGAAACUGGCUUUACCUAACCAGUGCACUUCCUGUGUGGUACAUCCGUUGAAAGGAGAGGCGGGAGCUGGUGGUCCAGAGUGCAGCUCUCACAUUGUCUCUCGGUAGUGCGGACUGAAAUGGACUCAGGCGCUGCUGCAGCAGCGGCUCCGUGUCUUCCGCUCACUGUAACGCCUGUGCCGCUUCCCUGGCGCACUGGGAAAUCCGAGCUUGUGCUUCCACAGUUCCAGGUGGUGCCUGCGAUUCUGGAAUUCUAACUGUACCCCAGAUCAAAGAGAGUGCAUCACAGACGAGAGAUGUCCUGAAACAACAUUUUAUGGAUUUAAAGGGAACCCUUGGGAAACUCCUGGAUGAGCGGCUGGUGACCUUGUUACAAGAGGUGGAUGCCAUCGAACAGGAGACCAUGAAGCCACUAGAAGACUGCCGGAAGCUCAUUGAGCAUGGCGUGACUACCGCGGAGGACUUGGUGAAAGAAGGCGAGGUCGCCAUCCUGGGUGCUGUGGAUGAGCAGAAUGAAAAACUGUGGAGCUUUACCAAAAAGGCCGCACACAUCCAGCUGGACAGCUUACCCGAAGUGCCUUUACUGGUUGAUGUGCCUUGUUUAUCUGCCCAGUUGGAUGAUUCAAUUCUUAACAUAGUGAAAGACCACAUUUUCAAGCAUGGAACAGUAGCAUCGCGGCCGCCAGUCCAGAUAGAAGAACUCAUUGAGAAACCUGGAGGUAUCAUAGUGCGCUGGUGUAAGGUGGAUGAUGACUUCACGGCCCAGGAUUACAGGCUUCAGUUCCGUAAAUGUUCCUCAAAUCAUUUUGAGGACGUGUAUGUGGGUUCUGAAACCGAGUUCAUAGUGUUGCACAUAGACCCCAACGUCGAUUACCAGUUCCGAGUCUGUGCCCGAGGUGAUGGCCGCCAGGAGUGGAGUCCUUGGAGCGUCCCUCAGACCGGCCAUUCUACGCUCGUGCCUCAUGAGUGGACACCUGGCUUUGAGGGGUACAGUCUGAGCAGUCGAAGAAAUAUAGCCCUCCGGAAUGAUUCGGAGUCCUCCGGGGUCCUCUACUCCAGCGCACCGACGUACUUCUGUGGGCAGACGUUAACAUUCAGGGUGGAAACUGUAGGCCAGCCCGACAGGAGAGACAGCCUGGGCGUGUGUGCGGAGAAGCAGAACGGCUGCGAGUCUCUGCAGCGGGACCAGGCUGUGUGUGUGAGCACCAACGGUGCAGUUUUUGUCAACGGGAAAGAAAUGACGAAUCAGUUGCCUGCAGUCACUUCGGGAUCCACCGUCACGUUUGACAUAGAAGCCGUGACUCUCGGGACGGCCGGCAGCAACGAAGGGGGGAGCUUCAAGCUUCGAGUUACUAUUAGCUCCAACAACCGAGAAGUGGUUUUUGAUUGGUCACUUGAUCAGUCCUGUGGCUCACUUUACUUUGGAUGCUCAUUUUUCUAUCCUGGGUGGAAAGUGGUCGUGUUUUAGGGGCUCAGACGCUUGCCUUAGGUUGGCAGUUUUACUGUAGCAGUUCCUUGUUUUUGGUUGUGAUAAAUUAAAAAAAAAAAAAAAAGUUUAUCCCUGAGGUCAUUGGGAAUGGACUGUGUUUACUGGAGUCAUUUGAUCCUAUUUUAGCAAUAAGAGACUUGAAUGUUGGCCAAACUAUAAUUCAGUCACUUCUGCUUUGGGCACACUGGUAGCUGAAGUAUCCCACCACACAAAAAAAAUCUAGUCAGUUUUUCAAGUAUAGCAAGGUACAGAAAUCCCUAUGUGCUCUCAUUGUAUUUCUUCCCAGAGUUGGUUAUUAGUAAAAUGUAGUAUAACAUUAUUAUGAAAUAUCCAUGUGGGGUCCAAGGCUCUGAUAGGCUUUAAAACAAUCGGAGUGGACCAGAGAGAGGCCAGCAGCCACGUGCCUGUGCGGGAGCCGGCUGCGGGCCCUGUGUAGUCAGUGUUGUUUUUGUCCCACGUACAGUGACCUUUUAUGUCCCAAAAGCAAUAGACGGGUUUUUGUUUUGUUUGUUUUAAGUUGCUGGAGCAAAUGUCUGAAAUAGACAAGUAUUAAUCUCCUUUAGUUCCUUCCUUGUCCUUGGAUUCAAGUUAGCCCAAGGACCUUUUCAGGCCUUCCCCAGGUCGCCCGGAGCAGUGUUAGCGUGUCGCACGCAGGGGCCACGCGGGGCCGGGCCUCAGCCCUGUGAGUUAUGUGUGCAGGUAUGAGCUGCAGUCCAGCUUAGGGGCAGUUGUUUUAGAAAUGGUCUUUUAGUGGACCAAAAAAAGGAAAAUCUGUGACCUAUUUUUUUCUUGAAUCUGUGUAACAUAUUUAUUUGAAGGACUUAAAAUAUAAAAAUAAUGGUCUUAACUUGGUCUGUCAGCCUACAGGUAGUUUAAUGUGAAUUUUUUUUUGUUUGUUUUCAUUUUUACCAGUAAUAUGAAAGUGGAAAAUGUGUUUGAUAUUUUUGUAAGAUAAUUUAUUUGGGGAAUCAAGUUCACUGUUGGACAAUCAUGAUCUUCUCUCCUUGCCUUUUAUAUGUCAGUAACCUUUCACACUUGUUUACUGCUUGUUAAGGAAGUGUUCUAGACUGCAGAUGCCUUGUCCAGUUGUCUAAAACAAAAUAAAGAAGCUGAAGGUUAAGUGUAUUUCAUUUUGCCUCUGUGAAAGCUGACUGAGUUGUAAUCUAGUUGGACACUAGGUGUUUUGAUUGAGUGCCUCGCCUGCGAGAGUGCUUGUGCUCCGCUCUGUGGCUCUGAGCAGAGAAUGUCGGCCUGAAUGAACGCGGGUGAGUAAUGUCCCUGAUGCUUCCCCGGGUUCCUCAGUUUUAUUGAAUGUGUUUGUUUUUAACCCUUUGCAGCAGAAUG